AUGGUCGCCUCCCAGAUGUUUAUCGGCACUGCAGCCACCCUCAUCGCCUCCUCGACUGCCUUCGUCGCACCGGUGGCCGUGCGAUCUGUUGCUAUUACUACUCCUUCUUCCUCGAGCCUCAUGAUGAGCGCCGGUUCGGACUACGUCGCAACUCUGCCCGGAGCUCCCUUCUCUGACGGAAAGCAAUCCUUUCCCUCGCGACUUAUGAAGUCGAUCAAGUUUAUUAAUAACGAGUAUCCAAUCCACGACGGAGAGAUUGGUAAUGGCCAGAUGAACUUUUCACGGUGUCAUAUCUGUGUGAGAUCUUACCCUCUGGGUCAAAUCGUCUCACCCGUUGCGGUCUUUGAUCACCGCUGUCCCAACGCCCUCGUGCCUCAGAUCUUCGACCCCCUGGGCCUAUCCGACGGUGCCGCCCCCGGCGACAUCAAGAAAUGGCGCGAGGCCGAGAUCAAGCACGGGCGUGUGGCCAUGCUUGCGUCUCUCGGUGUCAUUGUCGCAGAGCAAUCCUUUCCCUCGCGACUUAUGAAGUCGAUCAAGUUUAUUAAUAACGAGUAUCCAAUCCACGACGGAGAGAUUGGUAAUGGCCAGAUGAACUUUUCACGGUGUCAUAUCUGUGUGAGAUCUUACCCUCUGGGUCAAAUCGUCUCACCCGUUGCGGUCUUUGAUCACCGCUGUCCCAACGCCCUCGUGCCUCAGAUCUUCGACCCCCUGGGCCUAUCCGACGGUGCCGCCCCCGGCGACAUCAAGAAAUGGCGCGAGGCCGAGAUCAAGCACGGGCGUGUGGCCAUGCUUGCGUCUCUCGGUGUCAUUGUCGCAGAGCAAUACCACCCUUUCUUCAUGGGCCCCGACUAUAUUGGCCCCGCCGUGGACCACUUCCAGGAGAUCAGCGCCCAAUUCCCUGAGUUCUGGGCCUUCUCCCUCCUGGGCAUGGCCUUCAUCGAGUACAACACCAUCAUGACCGCCUUCGACACCCCCAGCGCUGUCACCGGCGAGGGCGGCCUGAAGGAGGACUACAUGCCAGGAGACCUCGGCUUCGACCCCCUCAACCUCAAGCCCGACGACGAGGCGGCUCUGGACGUGAUGAAGACCAAGGAGCUGAACAACGGCCGUUUGGCCAUGAUCGGCAUCGCCGGCAUGUUGGCGCAGGAGCUGGUCAACCCGGCCGACAUCCUCGGCUAGAAUGUUUGACUUUGUCGACGGU